CACACACACACACACACACACACACACACACAGCGACAGUUAUUUGAAACUUUUAUCAGGUUGUUCUCAGAAAGCAUCAACACACACAUCCCUGCAGGAACUUUGGGGCCACUAGAGGUUUAAAUACCAGACUGAACCUGAGAAGUAGUCUUGAUGACACCAAAGUGGACCCAGACUGGGUCUGCAGGAUCUGAUGAAAGCUCUGUGAGGACAGAAGUCCAACAUGUCAAAUGAUUAAAAUAUUUAAUCAGAUUAAUCACAGCUUAAAAACAAAUGAACCAUUAUUAGUCAUGAAUAAUCACUGUUCAGAAAUAUGCCUGAAAUAUGGUCAUUUUUACUGUAUUGUAUUAACAAAAGAGGGUUGAGGCUCUUUCACUUCUUCUGGGACCUCAGUUUUGUGCAUACAUGGUGCAUUUAAGUGCUGGUGAAAAGCUGGGUUGCCUGGAUUUUAUUCAUAUUUUCUUCUAAAGUUAUAUCAGAAUGAGAAGGAUGAUUUCUAUGACAGAACAGUUCAUGCUUGAUGAUACAUGCUCAACACACAUUUGACGGUACCUAAAGUUACACACAAAAUGGUUUACAAAAUCAUCGAUUACACAUGCACAAUGAUAUUGAUUUGAUUUUCUCUCCAUACUCACACCAGCUUUUUUUUUUUUUUAGCAGAACCAGGGUGCAAACAAAUCACCAACCUGGUCAAGCAACGUUCUUCUUCUGCAGGCCGCAGCGCUCCAUCUGAAUCCACUCUGAAUCUGGCUACUGUGUUUUCCAACAGAGGAACUGAAGACCUGCAGAUGAGCAACAAACUCCUCUAUGUUGAUUAUUUUAAAGUCAACACAUUUUUCUCACCUCACAGAAUUUAAACACUUUAAAUGUCUAAAUAUUGAAUGAAUUUUAAGAACUAGAAGAACCGGUUCUGAUGUGGAAGAACUGAAGCCAGAGUUGUUCCACAAAGGAACUGGACUCUGUGCAGUUCUGUGGUCCACCACCAGGUGACUCUGAUGUCACAGCUGUUGUUACCACAGCAACAGAUGCAGCCACCUGAUGCUACUGUCAAUCACACAGUACACAGACACUGUGUGUCCAGAUAGAUAGAUAGAUAGAUAGAUUGACUAAUUGAAGGAAUUUUCUGGGAUUCUGUGGCAGAAGUGCAGAAGAGGAAGAUGAGCGAGCGAGAAGUGAAGGAGUAUCUGUCUCAGCAUCACAUCAGUCAGCUGCUGGAGAGUCUGCUAACAGGUCUCCUGUAUCAUCGGCCUGAUGACCCCAUCAGCUUCCUGCAGAGCUCCUUGACCAGGGCCAAGCAGCAGGGGGGUCCGGGGGCUGUUACAUGGGACACUUUCAUCCACCUGGAAAGAGACCAGCUGGAGCUAGCAUCCCCCAAAAUAAAACCCCAAACAGGAACCCUUUUGACCCCCAUAACUUCUCCAACAUUAUCCCCAGUGCUCCCAGCUAUACCCCAGUUACACCCAACACCUCCUCCAUUACCCCAACUGCACUCCACUAGGUUUAAAACUUCUGUCCCCCCAUCCUCACUACUCCCACUUAAUGAACCCAGAGUCUGCCUCCCAGUUCGACCAAGACUUCCUGUAGAUCCACUCAGACCUGCAAGAGAUCCAUCAGCCCACAAAGCCUUUCCCCCAGCUCCACCUAGACCCUCAGGAACCCCCCCAACUCACAGAGUCUCCCCUACAGCUUUCCCCGAGCUUCUUGGAGAUCUAGCUGGACAUGUAGGAGCUGUAUCGGUCCACACUGAAGUGAUGACACCAGAUGCGAAGACCUUGAGCAAAGGUGUUUCUCCUCCAGCACUUCGUACUCAGCUCUCCAUAGAUUCAGAUUCUGACAUGACUGAGAGUUCUGGACUCCGACAGGAGCUUAACAUCCUUGCUCAUCUGAGGCCACACCCCCUCAUCAUUUUUGUCCUUGGUGGACCAGGAAGUGGGAAGGGAAGUCAGACUGCAAAGCUAACUCAUCACUUUGGUCUGCAAGGCGUCUCAUUGGACAAGCUCCUCCAGAAGCAGUUGCUUAGCAAUGCCUCCACACGCAGGAAGUGGGAGAUCAUUUCAGAAAUGAUGAGUCACGGAGAGCUGGGACCACAGGAGGACACAGUCCCUGAGCUGAGGAAGCAGCUGACUGGUCAGCAGGAGGUCCAAGGGUUUGUUGUUGACGGUUUCCCACAAGACAUCCACCAGGCUCUGAGCUUCCAGGAGCAGGUGGGCUCACCUGACCUGGUGCUGCUACUGCUCUGCUCAAAUGAGACACUUUGUUGUCGCCUACAGCGGCGAGCCAUGAGUCUCGGUCUCUUAGGAGACAGUAGCACCGCCCUCCACCGACGCCUGGACAGGUUUGAGAGGGACAUCGUCUCCAUCAGCAGAUACUACAAACAGCUGCACCUGCUCAUUCAGGUGGACGGAAACAGGGAUGAGGAGACUGUAUUUGCUGACCUCAGUUCAGUCAUCAGAAAGAAGCUGUUUCUGAAGGAUCAGUCAGGUGCCGCUGAUCCUGUUGCCCCCUUCUCAUCUCUGGAUAGCUGAUGUGAAACAGAUCUGUGAUCAGCUGAUUCCUGUUGUGUGUGCAGUUUAUUGUGGUUUGUCUCCAUGGUAACAUGCUGGUGUAGGUUAGAUGGAGAAGUCAACAAGUUGUGACCGUGAGGAUGAGUUAAUAAUGUGUUGAUGGUUCAGGAUCAUGUGACACCCCGAAGAUGUUUUCUUCUUAGUGAAGUUGUGAUGUGACCUGGGGUCUGUUCCAGAAAGUGGUUAUGUUGAGUAUGUUAAUCAUAAUUUAAUUAAUCCUGAAAGUCAGGGUUUUUCUGUUCCUGCAGAAGGUUCCAGCAGGUAGAUCUGAAUCUGUUACCAUGGUUACUGACUCUGUGAAGUGAACCUCCUAGCUGGCAGGUUCACCACCAGAAACCCUGACUUUCUACUUGUCUCCUCCACCUGAAGCAGCUGUCAUACCAACAUGAUCCCACAUAUUAAGAAGCUGAAUUAAUCACAAUGAUUUAAGAAGGGAGACAAAUUUUCAGAACUCUAUCGGAUGUGCUAUAAUUUCCUGAUUAAUAUCUCAUCAAACAGUACAGUUUCUGGCUGUAGAUAUCCAACAUCACACACCUUGGACAUGAGAUGAUAUCACAGCAAGUUUUGAGCUUUGUGCUGUGAUAAAUUUUUUUAGCAUGUAAAUGGGACCUUUCUUAACAUAACACUGGCAACUCAGAACAUGUUGGAAAGACAACGGUGUGUGUUGAGCCAUGUGGAAAGCCCUCACACAUCUAAAAUCUUUAUUCCAUAAAAUUUGCAGAAUGACUCUUCGCAUUCCUCGAACACUUGUAUGGGAAUCUAUUGCUCCAUUGAGGUGAAAUAAAAAUUGAAAAAUUCAGUUUUUAUUUGGUUCUUGGAUGUUCAGAGAACCAACUCAAAGCAGCUGAUCUGGAAACGAAGUUCCUCAGUUCAGAGUAAGUUAACCAAGAGUUUCUCUUUAGACUGAGAGUUAGUUGAUCCUCCUUUCUGGAACAGGCCCUUGAUGUUUUAUCAUUAAUGUGUUUUUUGUCUGAGAAUGUGAUUUAUCAUCAGGACUAUUCAGGUGUGAGAAGUCAGAGGAACAGUCUGUUGCCAGGAUUCAAAAGAAAAACCAUCAGAGCAGAGCUGCAGUCAGAAAGACAGAGAGCCUCAUGGGAUAUCACUGUUAUCACAGCUGGAAUGUUAAUGAAACAGCCUCCACAUGUGACUGUUUCCACGAAAGAUAAGAAGACGCAAAUAGACUGAAGCCCGAGGACAGACGGAGAUGUUAAAUAAAGACCGUAAGGUGUGAAGGACGUCAGAGGAACGUCAGCAGCUUGUCUCCACAUGUUAACAUAAGACAUCGUUCAGUCUGAGACACUUUCCUCAACAUCUGACCUUAAGGCCACCUGCUCUCGCUGCAGUUUUAUGGAUCCUGGCAGGGGCGUAACACUAAAUUCUGGGUCCUAUGUCCAUGACUUGAUCCAUAGUUCUCAUGUAUACUUUUCUCAUGGUAUAAGACUAAGGUAUAUGAUCUUAGUUUAACUAAGUGGUUCCCAAACAACAAUAAUGUCAAGCCUCUCCUGAUCCCACUACCACAUGCACCCUGUUGCUCACAAAGAAACGUUUGAAGAAAUGCGCCACAAAAUAGUCUAAAGUUCAGUGGCUGCUUCUUUGUUAACAAUAGUUAAAACCAUGUCAGUGGCAGAAGGAAUCCAGUACUCUGCUAUAGUGUUGAGCUUUUCAAACCAAGAAACUCCGCAGUCUUCUUCAGGUGAGUUGAGCUUCGAUGAGAUGGAUGCUGCUGUAGUUAAACAAC